UUCCUCACAGUUUACUUGCGAUCGCCAUAUUGGGUGCUCGCCUACUCGAAUGACUUGUCUGUUUUUCUUCGGAAUUACUACGAGACGGGGUCGCGGAGCCGCGCGCUGUUUUGACGAGCGCUCGCGAUUACUUCUCUUCCACGCGCUUUCAAGCGGGGCCGUUAUCUUCCUCAGCGCGUUGACGCUUUUUGUUAUGUGAUUAUUACGGUUUUGGGGGCGACUGGUUUUAGUGCAUUCGGCGCGAUCGCAAGUACGAUUCUCGGACUGAGUUUCAUGUGAAAAAAUGUCAAAAGUGCGCGUCUCUAAUGGAAGUCCGCCGCUGGAGAGGGUGGACGCGAGGCAGGCGGAUAACACCAGACCUCCGGUGUGCAGAAAUCUAUUCGGGUCCUCGGAUCGCGAGUUUGAGAGGGAUGCCAAGGAGCAAAUGCGGGAGAUGGAGAAAGCAUCCAAGGAAAGGUGGAAUUUUGAUUUUGCCAAAAACGAACCGCUCUCGUCGGGCAAGUACGAGUGGGUAGAGGUGGACGGUAAAGACCUGCCGGGAUUUUACACCAGACCGCAUCACGUAAAGCGGACUAUAUCUACCGGGACUACCGUGGAUCAUAACGGGAAUCACGAUUAUUUGUUGACAACCAUCUCCGUGGAAAACAGACAGGAGGACUCUGAAACCACAGAGACUGAGUCGGAUUGCCGAACAGCAUUGAGCACACCGAGGAAAAGACCGUCGACGGAGGAUCAGGAUCCUCCUUGCCAAAGUAAAAGACCCAACGUCCAGCCGACAGAGGCAGACCACUGUCCAGACACGACGCCCAGCGAAUCAGACCCAAAAACGUAAACAAGUCUUUAAAGCAAAGAGAUGAAGAAGCCUAUUGUCUCCAUCAAAUACUUCAAGAGCUUUAUGAAGUAAACAGGGACAGCAGUCGAAAAAUAAAAAUUAAGCCCUGGAAAGGCUGUAUAAGCACUGAAUUUUUACACUAAAGUUUUGGCACUCAACAGAAUAUAUUUGCCUCAAAAGCAGACAAUGUAGCAGUGUGCAAUUGGAGUUGCUUCGACUUUGUUGUUUGACUACCUAUGUAUAUACAUACUUUCAAUUUAUAUGUAGCAUAUGUAAUAUUAAAAACACAAUCAUUUAUUAUGGAGUGCGUUUGACUUGAAGAAUUGCUGUGCAGUUUUCAAAACGUCUCCCCACAAAGAUCCCUAAUGAUAUAAAUACACACACACACACACACAUACACACACAAAUACAAUAUCCUUUUAAUUAGUUUAAAUCACAGUCCCAUUGUCUCAGUUUUGCCGCCUCAGGAUGUUAACAGUCAAAAAUACAUUUUAUUCAGUGCUGAAAAGCAGCACAAUUUAAGCCACUUUCAAUUUGCACAGAUUUAUCACUGUCUGAAAAAAAAUGUUUUAGCACCUCAUGUGAUGUGGCUAAAUUGGAAUAAAAAUACGAAUUUUGUUAUUUGCCUUAAAACAUUAGUGAUGUUUUUAGGUACUUAACAUGAAUUUAUCUGCCAAAAUUACGGCACAUUUAUGAUGAGUAAUUUUUCUCUGAAGGGGUUGUGACACCAAGUGUGUAUUAAGGUUUUCACGGUUUUUACAGUAUUAUUAUAUCCCUGGGUUAAUCCACUAUUUUUAUUUUGUUUUAUUUUAAUUUAUUUAAUUUUUUUGGCAUAAUCUUAAGUUGUCAUGAACUACAAAUCCUACUGAUCACACAAACAAAAAAACUAAAAACAUAAAACUGUAAUGACCAAUUAAUUUCCUAAAGUCAAUUGUAUGUAUUUCUAUUAAUUGCUGUGUAGCAUUUUGUUUAUAAAAAUAAUUAUGUAUUUUUUUGUACUUUUUUCUUUUUUUCUUUAACACUGGGCCAUAUAAUUAAGAACAGCAUUAGUCCAUGAAGCCAGUGUCUUGUCACGAUAAAUUUGGCUUUCAUGUUGAACAUGACAUGGCACUAUGACAAAAAUGUAUAAGCCAUCAGCAGGAAAAAAUAAAAUGAAAUAAGACGUUACACUGCAUUUGUGUAAAACUUUGAAGUGUACCUGCUUUGUAAAGAAGAAAAAAGGAAAAAAAACACUGAGGAAAUUAUACUAACUUAUUUAUGUCGAGCUUUUCGUUGUUUAUGACUAUCCAAAGUGGCAUUUGUGCAUUUUCUUUAUGUACUUUUUAUAAGUGGGUUUUUUCACAUUUUGAAAUUUGUGCAAGGUUGCAAACUGAGCCUUUUAAGAAUUUGUGUACUGCUUGUUAAAUGAGACGAUUAAACCAUAAUGAGAUGGA